UGCAUUUUUCAAGUUUAUCUAAGUUCUUUUCAAAGUAAGGCUCGUGCUGAGACAUAUUAGAUGCCGACAUAUUUGUCAGAUUGAAGACAAUUAUGUCUACUGUAAUGCGUUUCAUUUCAAGCAAAGUGAGAACUAUUUUCCUGAGCUGGGAAAACAUAUUUUCUAAAAUCUUGAUAUUUUCUUUUACUUUGUCAAUAACAUCCUUUCCUGUGGUGUUUUUUUACAAUGGCUGUGUCACAUAA